AUGGCUGGUGAGUGCCUUACGGAGCUGUCAUACCUUGACGCAAACGCAACCAAGGCGCUAAAGGAUACGAAGCGAGAAUCUUGUGGCCAUUCCGCCCGCAAGAUCAACUAUGAACCGGGCAAGGAAAGUGCCAAGGAAAGCAACAGCCCUUUCAGAGACGAGUUCCAACCAUUGGUUCUUCCGACCAACAAUGUCAAGACCCUUAUAUGGAAACCUUCUUUGAAGAGGUCCAUCACCUGGGACCCGGCAUUUGCCCCGUGGAUCACAAACCGUCCUCGUACCUCUCAACGUAGCAUCGAAUCGAAGGCUCCCUUCACUGACCCCGCCACCUUUCCAUCCGGCAAUUUCAACAAGCUAUCUUCAUCAAAGGAAACCUAUUCGGAAGAGAUCUUGGGCCCGCGUAGUCCGUGCUUCAAACCCGUUCGACCCAAACUCACAACUGUCGAUCCCUCCUCUUCACCUCUCUACAGCGCCGAGGACGGCUCAAGCACAGCAUACUCUUCCCUCGCCGACAGCCUCAAGAGCCCCCGCUUAACCGCGAGAGAUCCAACAUAUCUAGCCACUCUUAACACCGAAUGUCAGCUCAGCCUCAGCCGCUCCCGCGCCCAGUCCUCGUCGUCCCCCUUUCCGCGCCAGGAAGACGCCCCCUUGCAAUGGUUAUGUAAUGCCAGCACGGCUGUUGCAUCACCCUCUGAGUGUGAGUACGCCUCUGACUCUGACUUUGACUCUGAAGACCACACAAGUGAUGGCAAAGAUCACCGGAUACACCUCUGCCACCGGCUCGCGGGCGCCGUCCCCGAGUCCAAACUCCCCACCAUCAACGAGCCUGUACCCUACCUUGACCGUCCGCCAGGAGAGGAGAUGGUCGAUCUCGGCGAGAGCAUAUGGUGUCACUGCGUCGACUGCAGUCCUUGGAGGCGCGGCGACGUGGGCAAGUCGCGCGGGACAUGUCUUGAUGCGAGAAUCAUACCCAGGAAGAACUCUGCAGAGACGGUAGAGGAGAAGAUGGAUUGGUUGGCGAGGUGGCUCAUUGUUGGGCUCGUCGGGGUCUGGGUUCUGUUGAUGGCAGCGAACCUUGAAUUGGCUGGCUAUGAGGUUCCGCUGGAGUCAAUGCAUUGA